AUGGCAUAUGCCGAUCAGUCUCCGGCAGACAAGGACAGGUUCAUCUGCAUUUAUCCGGCAUAUUUAAAUAACAAGAAGAUGAUUACAGAAGGAAGUCAGAUCCCAAUUGACAAAGCUGUUGAGAUUCCUACAGCUACAGAGAUCCAAGAUGUAUGCCUUGCAGUUGGACUUAAUGUGCACAUUGAGAAAAAUAAAAUGUACUCCAGAGAGUGGAACUGUGAUUUACAAUAUAGGGGCAAAGUACGGGUUCAGCUAAAACAGGAAGAUGGCAGCUUAUGUCUUAUACACUUCCCGUCACGUAAGUCAGUAAUGUUGUAUGCAGCUGAAAUGAUACCCAAACUAAAAACAAGGACACAAAAAACAGGAGGUGGUGACCAAAGUCUUCAACAAGGAGAGGGAGGUAAAAAAGGAAAAGGGAAAAAGAAGUGA